AAUCCACAUCCUAACUCUCAGAAUAAAAACAUUUACAAGUAUGCCCGCAGCCGAAGAGACAUCUGAUAAUCCUCCGCAUUCUGCUGGAAGCAACCGUGAGCAGCAUUCAACUCACGCCAGUGCCCCAGGUACAGCACCCAGUUCAGGCCUCCGCGGCUCGCGACAAGUUCUUGGAUCGCGGAGCAACCUUCUCGCAUCUCGACAUGGUUCGAGGACGAAUUUGACCAGGGGGACGAUGCAGGAGGAGCAGGUUCCACCCGUAAAUGCCGUAGUCUUUGAGAAUACCUAUAAGACAAAGCCGGAUAGAAAGUUUCAAAGUGGACAAGUCCGGAGACUGACAGAAGAAAUCCUUCAAAAAAGUUUGACCAAAGUGAAGUACGACAGCGAACAAGUGCCCGUAUUGUGUCAAACCAUUUCGAAUGAGAUUCUUGCUGCCGUGAAAAAACUAGAUUAUGAGCGCUACAAGUUUGUAGUGGAUGUUACAAUCGGUGAAUUCAAGGGUCAAGGUAUUCGAGUUGCCUCACGCGCAUUAUGGGAUACCACCACGGAUUCGUAUGCCUCUGUCUCCUUCAAGAAUGCGACGCUUUUUGCUGUGGCAAUCGUGUUUGGAUGUUACUACGAGUAGUUUCCUUCUGCAUGUCCUGUUGCCUCCCCGAACGUACGAGUACAUGGAAUAUCAGUGUUCACAAAUACGAACUCCCUCAAAGACACUUCAGAAACCCCAGCGACCUCAUGAGCAUGUACUCAAUUUCACAUAAAUGUACCAUAACGUCGAUAUAGAAAUAAUAAUAUUCACGUCAAGUAAAAGCUACUGAUA